GAGGAGAAAAGCGCACGACUGUCCUAUAUGAUGUGCAUCGAUCAGAGACGCUGUGUGGUGUUCUCCAGCUUGCCGUGAGCAGAAGUGUCUCUCGUUCUGUGAUGAUGUCGUGGUACCAUCAGCGUUUUGAGCGGAAUUUCCGCAGUGUGUGGGAGCGGAGGGAACGCUGCGCCUCUAACAGCAGCUGCGGCGGCACCGUUAACGGCUGCAUCUCCACGGAUCUUAGGGUCAAUUUUUCUGUCAUCCAUCAUGAAAGCCCUGCAGCCGCCCCCACCAGCGUAUCUCUACAAGCCAUCUCUGAUAAGGAAGAGCGGGGCUGCUUAUUGAUCUGUGUCAAGAAGAAACUCCUGCUACCUGCUUUCAUAUUGCAGACGGAUAUAGCAGUGUCCCUCACAGGUCUGAGGAGCCGUGACCCUUUUAAGAGCCUCGUCUCCUUGCUGUUGAAAAUCAUCUGCAGCCGCACGCUCACAGAAUUCAUCUCAAGCGGGAGACCACCGCAGAUUCCCGUCUCUGAGGAUGUUUUUAAAGACGCCGCAAGCCGUAACGUUUUGUCCACGGCUCUUUUGGACUCGAUUAGCCGCUGGCUGUUGACCACGUCUUCAGCGACUGGUGAAGUCUCUGGGCACCCGUCGGCAGACGCGCAGACUCAGGGCCAGGUCCUGGCUAAUAGCAUCCGGUGGGGACAAACACCCAUUAACCAGUCCACGCCCUGGGACACGGAUGAGCCGCCCGCAAAACAGAUGAGGGAGAAAGAUAUGACAGCUCCUCUAUGGCCGCCGCAAGUCACUGCCGCCGUCAGCCAGGCUGGACUCUUGGCGCACACAUACGCUCUGCCGCAGCCACCAGCUUACAGCCAGGGCGCGACUGUCCAAGCACCCAUCGUCGGUGUGACCCCGGCGCUCCAAACCCCCCAUCCACAAUUACCCACACACUACCAGCUCCCACAGCAGCCUUCACAGCCAAUGACCAACAUGGUCCUCAACGUCCAGAGCCAAUCCCUCGCCGUCGGCGGCCUGCCUCCAAUGCCCAGCGUCUGCCAGGUCGCCCAUCCCGUCCACACGGUGGUGGGCAAUGGCCACUUGAUGCAUACCAUGGUGCAAUCCGCCACCAUGAGCUCCUCGGCGCCGCUGACGAACGGCCAGCAGGAAAGCACCAACAACGGCCUGCAGAUGCUAAGAACGGUCGGAUUGGGGAAAUACGAAUUCACGGACCCCUGGCAUCCCAAAGAAAUGUUGAAGGAAUUGAACCAGCAGCGGCGAGAGAAAGAGUUUACAGACCUGAAAAUAAUUGUUGAAGGCAAAGAGUUUGAAGUCCAUCAAAAUGUUCUAGCUUCCUGCAGCUUGUAUUUCAAGGACAUGGUGAAAAGGUUAUCGGGAGAGAACAGAAACGGUGAGAAGAUGCAGCUGACAAUGAGUAACAUCAGUUCAGAUGUUCUGGAGCUUCUCCUUGAGUUUGUUUACACCGGCUCCCUCAUUAUCGACUCGGCCAAUGCUAAGACCCUACUGGAGGUGGCCAACAAGUUCCAGUUCAACACUUUCUGCAAAGUCUGUGUCUCCUUCCUCGGUUUGUCGCGUGUAUCCGGCAGCUCUCGUUCCGGUCUGGCCUGUGUGCUGACUCUGGUUUACCGUGAAAUGCAAUUGCUGAGUGUUGCGACGGAGGCUGUUUUCCCAGGUCAUUUUUCACCCGCGGUGACGCUCCCCAUCCAUCAAACGCUGCUCACAGUGGCUGCUCGUCAGUCUGCCGUCCCGCGCAGGAUUCUGCUCUCUCAUGUGUCUGAGCUGUUGGCGGUGGUACGGCUUCCGUUCAUCCAUCCCAGCUACCUGCUGAAUGUGGUGGACAACGAGGAGCUGAUCAAAUCUUCAGAGGCCUGCAGGGACCUGGUGAACGAAGCCAAGCGCUACCACAUGCUGCCACACGCCCGCCAAGAGAUGCAGACGCCCAGAACUCGCCCGCGACUGUCUGCCGGUGUCGCUGAGGUGAUCGUGCUGGUGGGUGGGCGGCAGGUCAUCGGCAUGAACCAGCGCUCGCUGACAGCCGUCACUUGCUUCAACCCUCAGAACAACAAGUGGUACCCCCUGGCCAGCCUGCCUUUCUACAACCGCGAGUUCUUCUCCGUCAUAUCGGCGGGGGAUAAUAUCUACCUGUCAGGAGGCAUUGAGUCUGGAGUCACGCUGGCAGACGUGUGGUGCUACAUGUCUCUGCUGGAUAAUUGGAAUCUGGUGUCUCGGAUGACAGUCCCGCGGGGAGUGGCUGGGAACCUGGAUAAUGUGGCAAGGUACGACACCAUCACUAACCAGUGGGAGAUGGUGGCUCCUUUGCCCAAACCUGUCCAUUCAGCAGCGGCGACUGUGUGUGGAGGGAAGAUCUAUGUGUUUGGAGGGGUGAACGAGGCCGGCCUCUCUGCUGGAGUACUUCAGUCAUAUGUGCCUCAAACCAACGCCUGGAGCUUUAUUGAGUCGCCCAUGAUCGAUAACAAAUACGCCCCUGCUGUGACUCUGAAUGGCUAUAUCUUCAUCCUGGGAGGAGCGUACGCCAGAGCCACCACCAUCUACGACCCUGAGAAGGGAAACAUCAAAGCAGGACCCAACAUGAACCACUCCAGACAGUUCUGCAGUGCCGUGGUCCUGGACGGGAAGAUCUACGUGACCGGCGGCAUCGUGAGCAGCGAGGGUCCGGCGCUGGGAACCAUGGAGGCCUUUGACCCCUGUGCGAACGUGUGGACGCUGCAGCAGAGCAUGCCCUGCCCGCUCUUCAGACACGGCUGCGUGGUUAUUAAGAAGUACAUUCAGAGCGGCUGACGCUGACACAGACGAACAUGACUCCACCGUCUCCUGCACACCGGACACCCACCUUCACAACACGGCAAGGAUUAGCAGCGCUGAUACCGAAGCCGCGCUCACUUUCUGACACCCACUCGGAAUGUAGAAGCUAAUCUUUUCUGCCGGGGCGCAAACGGGCCUUCGUGUAAUAUAGCGCACCUGACAGAGCUGUCCUUGAUGUGUGUCGUGGCUCUAGCCUUAAUGCUCUGUGGCCAUUCGGAUUGAACUUUUUUACACAAUUCCUUUUUAUUUUCGUUUACAGAAUUCACUAGGUUUUCGCAUUGCCACCGUUUUAAUGUUUGCAUAACUUUCAUUCUUCUUUCUUUGAGCAAUACUGUAAAAUCACAGCGUCUGGUUUCAGUAAUCCAUGUGAUGGUUCACUCAGUUGUAUCACUAUUUCAUCAUUUCCGUUUGAAAGCACUUUUUAAUUAUGUAGGGGAGACAAAGUUGUUGAACAAGCACUGAAACCUCAUGUGAUGAUCGCUUCCAUAAGCUCCACCUUCCUUAGUUACUGUUGCUCACUCAGACAAGCACGUCCCUGCAGAUUUCAGUGCAAUUGUUAGUAAAAUGAGAUUGUGAAGUGGUGAAAUGGAUUGGAUGUUAUUCGUACGUGGGCUGGAAUGAAGCGUGACAUUGCAGAGGAUCUUUUUUAUCUGCCGUUUUGGAUCCGAAACUGAUAAAUUACGCAGUAACGUGAUUAAAAAUGUCAGAGACUGUGAACAGGGGCUGCCAAAUGCUUCUCGCUGUCACUGAAAAGAGAAAAGCAAUCACAGCUGAUCACAUUAGUGUAAGUGAACACAGCUAGUUACUACCACAGAUACUAUAUCAUCUGAAUUAAUAU